CCAACUACACAUGGCAGAUAUUGGCCACCCUUCUCAAACAAUCAAACCAGAAUCACAUCAGACUCCGACAAUAGUAACUGCCCCUGCCCUUGUCACCAUGAUAGAAACUUUGAACCCCCUGGUUCACACCAAGUUUACUAGUCAGCAACAGCAUUUCUCAAAUAAUGCCGUCCCUCCUGAGCAUGCGAACUCCGAAUCGGCCCCUGAUAAUGGUAAUCACCCUGAACCUCAACAACAACAACAACAGCAACAUCUAAACCAUCGUCUAGACAAGCAACGAGAGGAUAACCAAAUACCCGUCACUUCGUCAUCAUCAUUGUCAUUAUCCAACCCCUCCCCCACUAAACCGAACGCUUCCUCACAAGAAUCAAUUGAACAUAAUAAACUAGAAUCGUCGUCCGAGUUAUCCUUCACCAAAAAAGACAUUAGUAAAUCUCGCACCCAAUCUUUCCAAUCCGUUCUUUCCACUGCAUCAUUAAUCUCACUAAAACAACAAGCAUUAUCCAGUAAUAACCCACCGGCAAAUGAUAUCACCUCCAGUGGCACGUUGCAUCGACAAAAUAGUAUAAUCAACGGGAAUAACAACACACUAAUCAGAAGCAACUCUACUGUCAAUAAUUCCAAAAACUUUCAGUCAUUUAUUCAAGCCCCUGUGUUUUCCAGUUUUACCAAUUUGAAAUCCCAAGACGAUGAUAUCCAGAUUGGACAACAAUUACCAUUUGAGAAUAAAUCGACUACAAAUGACAAGAAAGCUGCAAGUGCUACUUCCACCAU